CAAUACUAACUUGGUUGCUGCAUCUCAAUCAAGCGGUGGUCUUGAGCAGGUUGACGGUGUGGAUGCCAAAAUGAUGGCAGCGCUUCUCACUGGUGUCAAUCGUGCCUUUCCAUAUGCAGAGCUUGACAAUGAGGUGUUUGAAUCUCACUUGAACAUCUUGUUCAAGAUUACUCAUGUGGCUACAUUCAAUACAUGUAUCCAGUCACUUACUCUCAUCUUGCAAGUGCAAUCUUCGCGUGAAAUGGUUUCUGAUCGCUUCUAUCGUGCCUUGUAUGAUACUUUGUUGGACAACCGACUGUUUGAGGCGUCUAAGCAGUCCAUGUACCUUAAUUUGCUGUUUAAAGCAAUGAAAACAGAUGCAUCCCCAAAACGUGUCAGGUCAUUUGUAAAACGUAUUGUGCAAGUGUGCGGUCGAGCUCAAAUUCCUUUGAUUUGUGGAUCACUAUUCUUGAUUGGAGAAUUGGCAAAGCUUCAGCCUGGACUAUGGACAUUUAUUACCCAGCCAGAAGAACAUGAUGAAGAGCGUUUUGUAGAUGCGUCUGAACCAGCUGGCGAAGACGUCACAAUGAGCGAUACAAGCAAGGAUGAAGAUAGCCAUGCAGUUGAUUCAAACCCAUCUAAGCUGCAAAAGCCUGUCAUUGAUACCACGCACAAAUACGAUGGACGCAAGCGUGAUCCCUUGUACACGAAUGCAGAUCAGGUUUGUCUAUGGGAGCUCUGUAUAUUUGCUUCGCAUUUCCAUCCAACUGUGUCGCUGUAUGCACGUACACUCCUCUCUGGCUCACCUAUUGUGGUUCCUGCCACAGCCAAAAACUACGAUCCAUUGCAAAAUCACACUCUUUCUCGAUUCCUCGACCGGUUUGUUUUCAAGGCUCCUAAAAAGGUAACUUCGCUUUACCAUGGAUCAAGUCUCAUGCAGCCACGUGUAUCUACGGGCAAGACGAACGACUCUGAAUCUACCAUGACCCAAUUCGCUUUAAAUUCUGGUAAUCUUUUAUCCGGAAGCCAAAGGAAGAAAAAUGUCAUAUACGUGGAUCAGGAAAAUCCAAACGUUUUAAUCAAAUUAGAUGACACUCCAGCCAAUCUUGUUCAAUGGAGUCACACCAAAAUAGAUCAAGUUGCACCUGACGAUCUCUUUUAUUACAAAUUCUUUGUCGACAGAUCCAAAAAGGCAAAGCAAGACGAUGAAGGCAAAGAUGGCGAUCAUAACGAUCUUGAUUCCAAUCAAGAUAUUGAUGAAGAAGAGGCUUGGAAUGCUAUGCAAAAGAGUAGCGGAUUCCCUCAAAUAAGCGAAGGAUUGGGAAGUGAAGACGAAGACGAAGAUUUUCUACCAGAAAAUAACGACGAAGAUGUGCAGGCAGAUGGUGAUGACGAUGAUAUGGCUGCAUGGGCCAAUGGAAAACCAUCUAAGCAAGAGGAGGAUGAUGAUAUGAUGGAUACUUUGAUUAGUGAUGAAGGAGAUGAUUUUGACGAAGAUCCAUCCACUGCUUCGCACACGGACAAAAAAGAAACAAAGCAGACAGUCGGAAAGCGUGGAGCCAAACUCAAAGACCGACUUGCAUCAAAAGCUGUAGCUAUGGGAUACUCUGGUGACUAUUUUGCUGGUGGUAUGGAUGACUUUGCAAAUGCGGACGACUUUUCCAAUUUGCUUGAUCGCCAAGAUACAGAGGAAUCAGGAGCGGACGAAGUUGAAGAAGAAAGCGAACGAAAGCGAAAACGAAAAUCUAAUAGUAAAGGCCGAACACAAAAGAAAAGGUUGAAUGUAAAUUCAAGCUGAAUAAAGCCAAUCUUGGACU